GACUACCGCACUGACUGACACGCAUUCCACUAUCGAGUCUGAUGUGACUGGACCACUAAUCACGCGCGCGCCAGUGACUCAACGGGCUUCUUCAUAAAACUUUGUUUAGAAACGGGAAACGAUAACAAAUAUAUAUGUUUUUAAAACUAUUUCGCUUAUGGCCAAUCGGGAAAAGAACAAAAAGACACUUCUAGAUUUAGCGAAGCUUCCAGACAAUAGCAGCUGUGCGGACUGUGGAGCGCCAGAUCCAGACUGGGCUUCAUAUACACUGGGAAUAUUUGUGUGUUUGACUUGUUCUGGAACGCAUCGCAAUCUUCCCAGUGUGAGUCGUAUCAAGUCCAUACGCUUGGACUUCUGGGAUGAUGAGCUUGUAGAGUUCAUGAAGGCCAAAGGAAACACUUCUGCAAAAUGCAUCUAUGAGAAAUUUGUCCCUGUCUUUUAUUAUCAGCCCCGGCAAGAAGAUUGUGAGGUGCUGAGAGAACAAUGGAUUCGAGCCAAAUAUGAAAGAAUGGAGUUUACAGAGAAAAACAGACCACGACCCUACACUGCAGGUGUAUUUGAGGGCAUGUUAUGGAAGAAAGGGAAGGAUAACGGACAGUUUCUCGAGAGGAAAUUUGUUCUUUCAGUGCGUGAUUUUACCUUGAAGUACUUCAAGGAAGAUGAAGCUAAGGGGCCAAAGGCUAUCAUCUCUGUGAAGGACCUCAAUGCAACUUUCCAGCCUGAGAAGAUAAAAAAUGUUAAUGGCCUUCAGAUCACGUACUGUGUGGAUGAUCACACCCGAAAUCUAUUUGUUUACCAUAAAAGUGGACAGGAGAUUGUGAGUUGGUUUAAUGCAAUUCGAGCUAUUCGCCACAUCUACCUAAAAACAGCCUUUCCUACAGCUAGUGAUGGAGAUUUAAUACCAUGGAUAACCAGAAACUAUCUGAAAGAAGGUUACAUGGAAAAGACUGGUCCUCUGCAACGAGAGCCAUUCAAGAAAAGAUGGUUUGUCUUGGAUUUCCUGGACAGGAAACUACUCUAUUUUAAAACACAGCUGGAUCCUGUUGAGCUUGGAGUUGUUUUCAUCGGCUCAGAGGCGCAUGGGUAUUCAGUGAGGGAGUGUGUGCCUAAAGGGACAAGAGGCAACAAAUGGAAAUGUGGGGUAAUUGUGGAGACACCAGAUCGACAGUUCGUCUUUAUGUGUGAGCAGGAGCGUGAGCAAAAGGAGUGGGUUGAGGCCUUGAAAAAAAUCAUUUCUAAACCUAUGCUGCCCCAAGAUUACACAACUGAAGCCAAUAUUCGAAGACGGAAAUGAAUGGGAUGAGGUCAGAGCCCAAUGUAUGAUUGGAAUAUGUCCCUAAAUCCAUUUCAGAUCCCGGACGUCAUCUAUUGGAUCAGGGGACCUUGGAGAGAAAUGUGGCUUUUUGGCUUCUAACAAGAUGUUAAAAAUAUGAGUUUUUGUAAAUUUUGGAAUGUGAAACCGAGCAACAAUUAUUUAAGCGAUCGUCUAAUCUUAGUUGAAGAUGUCGUUGUAAAUGACAGAAUGUCAGAGAAUAUUGCAGUAAUUUGGAACCAGUUCACUCCCUGUGCGGACCAGAAAGAUGGACUUCUGUUUGAUGCCAACACCAUGGACCUGUAAGAGUGACCUAUAACUUUAAACCCGUAACCUUAGAACUGAUUUAGACUCAUAAACAUAAAGUGUGUUGUGUCUAAUUGAUACACAAAAUAGAAUCGAUAAGCAAGGAUUGUGGUCAUUACAGUGAGCACUAAUACUCUCAGCACAAGAGGAAGAAAUGAAGUAUUUGUGAUGAGAGUUCUGGAAAUAAUGCAUGAUCUGUGUAGAACACGUGGGCUUUAUUAUUUAAACUGACAUUUGUCUGGUGUUUUCGUAUUUUAAUUUAUAGUCAUGUUGGUGAAUGAAUAGAUUAAUUGGCUAUUUUAACUGAUAAACUUGAAAGGAUAGUUCGACCAAAAAUGAAAAAUCUGUCAUCAUUUACUCACACUUAUGUUGUGCAAACCUGUAUAAAUGUUACAAACCUGUAUAAAUAUCUAUAAAUGCUGAACACAAUGAAACAUAUUUGUAAUCAAGCAGGAAAUAGAAGCACCAUUGAGUUCCAUAGUAGGAAAAACUGCUUCCAUGGAAGUCAAUGGUGCUCAUAAACAGUUUGGUUACAAAUAUUUCUCAAAAUAUCUUCCUUUGUGUUCAGCAGAACAAAGAAAUGUAUACAGGUUUGUUCCAACAUGAGGUACGUGAGUAAAUGAUGACAGAUUUUUCAUUUUUGGGUGAAAGGUAAAGUGAUAAAGUGAAAAGCCCAUAGUUCUCAUAUUAAUGGUUUAAAAUGUACACCUACACACAAUUACACGGUCUUGCUACACUGUAUCACUAUGCUUAUGAUAAAUGGUUUCAUGUUUUUUCUGUAUAAUAAAAGUAAAGGUUUUGUACAUACAACAAAAUGUGGAAAUGUUUAAUCUUUUUUAUUGCAAAACUUUUUAUUGAUUAAAAACAAAAGUUAAAACACAGGU